AAAGAAAUUUUAUUGUGAUUCGAUUUUGUAAUUCAUUUAUUGUAUAAAUUUCUAAUAAAAUUUAAAGCGAGAAAUAAAUAAAAUAAAUAAUAUCUUUUGGAUUGAAAACGUACUUAAAUAUAUGUACCUUUAAAGUACUUUGACUUCCUGUCGUUGUUUACGAUGAAAUAUGAAUUGUAAAAAAUAUAUCCCGAUCGCCAUUACUACUAACAUGUGUUAAAUUAACGGUGUACAGUGAAUUUGAAUAUCUGGCCAAUGCUUAUAAACAAAAGACAUUUUGUCCAAAUAUGAAUAGAUUUUUUUUUAUUAAAAAGUUUAUUGUUCCUUUCAAUUUUGGCGGGAGAGCUGGCACGUUGUUUUGUGAUUGUUAAAUGGUGAUCUGUCAGCUGUCGUCGUCUGGCCUUCUCAACGCCUUCCAUGGACUUCCAUGGUUCAGAGGAUUUUAGACCAAAAUUAAUAGUGCAAUUGUGAAAUUCUUGUUGUGACACAAUUGAUGUGGACUUUUGAUGAUGCAUCACGUAUAGGUGCGGAUAUGGAUGGCACGCGAACGUGCCCAAGCUACGACGCCGGGUUUGACGCAUGUGAUCAAUUGGGAUCGCUUUUUGAGUGGUCGGGACGUGAACCUGCCAGGGUUUUAAGGCGACGUUGUCGCAGUGAAGGCGUUGAUCGGUCGCCGUACGAGGAUGCCGUGCGCGAGCCACACCGCUCCGCCGAUAGCAUUACUCGCCAUCAUCGUGCUCUACCCAGCAAGAGUUACUUUACUAUAAACAACGGCCACAAUUUCUGUUACGACAGAUUUCAUCACGAGUGUUCCCUUCCGGCUGCUGAAAACGGAGAUUAUCUAAUGUCUCACGAUACUAAUAUUCAUCAUGGUUACCAACCAGGACGGACUAAAUAUCAUAGAUCAAGUCCAACAAGGCCAUUAUUAGUGACUACAUUAUCUAACACGAAGAUUGAUGAUAGCCGCUUACCAAAAGUUGAAGAAUUAUUCGAGAAGAUGGAUCAAGAUAUGAUGGAAGUGACAAUGGCUAAACAACCUCUUAAAUCAAUACUCAAUAAUCCCUUGCCAAAGUCACAACCACAUAGUAUUCUUAAGAAACCCAAAAACAGAUCAUAUCAGGAUUCAAAGUCAUCUCUAGAAGGAAGAAGAAGGCAAAGGGCUUCUAGUGAAUCUGAUAAUUUUUAUUGUAGUUUUCACAUAGGCUCUCCAAUACCAGGAUAUGACAGCCAUUUGUCAUAUCUCUCAAGUAACAUGAAGCGGGCUAAAGAUAAUUCUGGUACAGGAUAUUCAUAUGGUACAGCAAUUGCUGCUCUCGGCAAUUCUCCAGCUAAAAAUUCUCAGUUAUACUCAAAGACUUCAAGAUGUACAUGUCGGGAUAAAGUUAUCAUAGCACCAAAGGAGGAUAUAUACAAAAUGCAUAUUUUAAGAACCACUGCAAUCAAUAAUGACACAGUUGAUGAUAUUUCCGAUGAAGUGCCUCGCCAAGAUACUCAUACGCCUACACGGCCCGCGGUCAGCCCCGCGCUGCCCGUCAGCUCGGUGACUGCGAUACCUGCUGCGAAGAAACCCGUCAAGACCAAGAAGAAGACUAAGACGAAAGCGAAGGUCACUAAGAUGAAGAUUAGCAGUAGGGAAUGUAACGGAGUCGAUGGGGAGGCCGAUGAUUCCCACAGCCGUUCACCGUCACCAGAUCCGACAUUGGAGACAUGGCGGAUGGAAACAGAUGCAGUGACAGUCAUAGAGAAACAAGAAAAGCUCCCCGUGCCAAUAAAGAGCGAUAUAGAACAGAACUCUAUGAUCAAGUUGACUAGCAAACUCAAUGGAACCGUCGUGUCUCUUAAGAAAACACCAUCGAAAGAGAAACCUAACAAGGAUCAACAAUUUGUGACCGCUUUACACACAACUAAUCCCUUCAGAACAAUAGCGAUACGGAAAGAAUCAACUCCAAGUUUACCGGAGUCACUGACCAGUUGUCUCCGAUCAUCACUCUUCCCUCGAGUACCGCCUUAUCUGAAGUUCAUUAGUCACGAUGAGACAGUUCCACUCAAAAUACCAAACGCCAUUCAGAAACAUCUUAAGUGGAAGCUGACGACCAUAACUCCAAUAGUUGUUAAGAAAACUUUGACGAAUUCCGGAUUUAGAUUAGUUAAGAGCGAGUGUGAUACAGCGGAAUGUCCUCAAGAAGAAACUGUAGAUUGGAUAGGCAUAUGGGGUAAACAUAUGAAAUCGAUAAUGUUUCGAGCCAUUAAAGACGGACAGAAGAUGAACCAUUUCCCGGGCACUUUUCAAAUCGGUCGCAAGGAUCGACUUUGGCGGAACCUUCAGAAGUUAGCGUCGAAGUAUGGCGUCGCUGAGUUCGGUAUAAUGCCUAAAACCUACGUUCUGCCGCACGAUUUGAAGAUAUUGAAGCACGAUUGGGAAAAAUAUGCCGCUAACAACGAAAGAUGGAUUAUAAAACCUCCCGCUUCAGCCCGUGGGACUGGUAUCAAAGUUGUAUCUCGAUGGACUCAAAUACCCAAAAAGAAGCCGGUGGUUGUUCAGCGUUACGUAUCGAAGCCAUACUUGAUCAAUGGUAGCAAGUUCGAUCUGAGAUUGUACGUGCUCGUGACGUCAGUACACCCGUUACGAAUAUAUUUGUAUAAAGAUGGGUUAGCUAGGUUUGCUUCGGUAAAAUACAACGAUGAGCUGUCGUCAUUGAAUGAUAGAUACAUGCAUUUAACAAAUUACUCAAUAAAUAGACUCUCUAAAAAUUAUACUCCGAACGAAGAUUUCGCGGCUUGUGAAGGACAUAAAUGGACACUUCAAACCCUUUUUCAAUACCUCAAGACUGAACAGAAUGUAGACAUAAAUGCGUUGUGGGAGUCUAUUAAGGACUUAGUUAUCAAAACUAUUAUAGCCGGCGAAGCUAGCAUCAGUUCGUUAACUAAAGCUAAUAUAACUUCUAGAUAUAACUGCUACGAGUUGUUCGGUAUUGAUGUGCUUCUAGACGAAGAUCUGAAACCUUGGUUGUUGGAGGUGAACAUCUCGCCCAGCCUGCACAGUGCGUCGCCGCUCGACAUACACGUGAAGGGCCCGCUCGUGGCGGCCGUGCUCAACGCCGCACAGUUCCACGUGCCGCGCGCCGAGCAGACGGGGCUGCCAUAUGACAGUAGAUUGUAUACAGUAUAUUUGUCCAAAGAAGAGAGGGAUAAACAUAUUAUCUACACAAACAUGGAAGAUCGAGAUCUGUACCUCCGGGACAUCCUAUCGACGCUGACGCCAGACGACGUGCGCCACCUGCUGCAGGCGGAGGACGAGCUGACGCAGAGCGGCGCCCUGCAGCGCGUGUUCCCGACCCGUCACUCGCACAAGUACCUGCCCUAUCUCGCCGGCCCGAGGUACUACAACCGGCUCUUUGACGCCUGGGAGACUCGGUACGCGGAGGACAGGGAGCCUGGUGUGGAACUGCUACGCGCACUGUGCGACAUGGGCUACCAUUUGCAGACGCCGGGCGUACCGCUCAAGCGGGCGGCGGCUCAGCAGUUGGAUCGUUGCAGAAUGACGUGGACGCGCCGUCGCCGCCCGCCUCGGAGAGGCCCUCUGUGCCCUCGCUCGCGUCGGAGCGGGCCUCCGCGGUCUCGCUCGGGCCCCUCACCCCCGCAGGCCCGCCGCGCGCCUGUGCGGACUCGUUGCCCCGCGCGCCCCCUCUCGCGCCGACCGCCGCGGUGCAGCCCCGCGCCUAGCACCGCGCCGGCCGCGUCACCGUCACCGUCGCCGCCGUCACCUUCGCCGUCACCGUUGCCGUCACCCCCGUCACCUCCGCGCACCGACCUCAACAUGAACGAAUGCGACGAAAAAGAACAUUACUGACACGUGGCCUGUGCCAGCUUAUACUUUCUGCUGAUUUUAAUAAUCAAAUAUUGUAAUGUAAUGCGGCACGUAUUAGCUUUAUAAAAUACAUAGCCAAAUCGACUAACUGUCAAAAUUUAAUGUAGCCGUCGACGAGUACCUUUAAGUUUAUCAUUAACUUGUGCUGCAAAAUGUUUUACUUGAGUCAUACUUGAGCCAAAUAUUCGACUCAAAAGCGCACUAGUUCCUGUUUUAUGAAAAGAUGUGUCUUAGCAUAAUCGAUUGCAAAUUAAAAUAUAAAAUCCAAAUAAUUGGCAAAUUUCUGCUUCUUACUCAUGUUUACUGUUAAUGCGAUUAAAGUUUGACUAUUAAAAAAAAAGGUUUUAAAUUGAAAGAAGGUAUAAUAUAAGGGAAGACAAAUAAAUAGUAACAUACACUGUUAUAUGUGGGUCUUUGACUAGAACACACGACGCGUUUCUGUCGCAAGCAAUAACGUUUGUAAGUGCAAUUGGCAUUUACACCUAACGGCUGUGAGUCCAAGGCCCCGUGUUUACUGGGGAUUCCUAUUACUUUAAAUUCUUGUUAGAAUAUUUUUUACAUGGCCUCACUGUUGUUAACUGCUGCCGUUGUUUGGCACGCGACACGCCUUGUGUGCUCCAGUUUAUAAGAUAGACAGGAGCUUAAUUAUCUUUAGUAAUAUAUAGUUAAAUAGAAGUUGCAGUGAUAAAAAUUAAUAAGAUUAUAUCAAACCACUCCGUCUUAUAAUAUUUUGACAUUCCUUAUUUUACUUCAUUAUAAUCCAAACAAAUAAUUAUACGAAGAGAAAAAAUUUGAUGUCAAAUAAAUUUCAAGUAUAAGGUCAUGAAAUAUUUAACAUAGAACUCGUCUUAUACUUUGAAAAAAAUAACGUCGAAAAUAAAUUGCAUUUGAUUAUGUUAAUAUAAGGAAUGUCUGGUUUGUCAAUAUGUAUUUAAAAAUUAUUACAAUGUGUUCAUUGUAUACCUAGUGUUGCUAGAUUAGUGGAUCGUGGUAAGCUUGUGAUGUCAUCGAAUCGUGUUCAGAUGUUCGAUUAGAAUCGAUUUAAAUUGUAUGUGUAUAUAUCAUGGUAUUAAAAUAAUCGAUUUCAAUUUUGAUGUCAAUAGUAUUCAUUCCUUUUGCGAAAAAAAGUUAAUAUGCUGUAUACCUUAUGGAUUGUGUUUUAGGAUAUUUUAAUUAAGGCUGCGUAUUUAUUUGUAAUGAUGUCCUUGAAAUUAUAUGUUUGAAGCCGCCAGUACAAAAAAUUAGUGUUUACUAUUUGCAUUUGAACAUGGUUUAUUUACAUUAAAAUAAUUUUGGAAGAUGGGAGAAAAUAUUAUUGGUCCUAAUUUAUUGUAUUGACGUCUUCAUCGGUACAUGUUGAUAGAUUAUUUUCUCCGAACAUAUUUUAUUGUACGACUAAUGUUAUUUUUUUUUUGUUACUUUUAACUACAUAUACUUUGGGCAGUUGAUUUUUUACCUUCGGUUUUGAAACCUCGAUUUUUAUAAGCAUGUCACGAUAUCGGUUAUUUCUGGUCACAGUUAUAAAAUAGUUUUAAAAUUGUUACAACCAAAGAUGUCAGGCUAUCAAAUUGAGCAAUUUCUUAAUGAUUUUGCGUUUACUCAAGCUGAACAACUUAAUAAUAAAUAUAUACGCGUUUAAUUAGUG